AUGGGCCACGUUGUUGGGCCACGUUGUGAGCUUCCGCAGCACGGCACACAGCUCCUCCGCAAUCUCGCGGCGACGCGACAGCGACGCACCCACCGGAAAGCUCGGUGCGGGCGAUCUCGGCGGCGGCGGGGCGCAUGCUGCGCGCGCGGCGGCGGGGAGGGCGCGGGGCGGUGGACGACUCCGGGGCACGAGGGGCUGCCCAAGGGGUACCUCUUCAACCGCCCGCCGCCGCCGCCGGGGGAAUCGCAGAAGUGGGAGAACUGGGAGCUUCCCUUCUACGUCACCUCCUUCCUCACCCGUCGUCAUCCUUGGCGUCGGCCUCAACGCCAAGCCCGAUCUCACCCUCGAGACUUGGGCGCACCAGAAUGCACUCGAGCGCCUCCAGCAACAGGAGCUAGCCGCCGCCGCCGAGUGAUCUGCUGGUCAGGUAGAGUCCCCUUGCCUUUCUUUUCAAACGGAUCUCGUGACUUAAUCUUUACAGUUGCAAAUGGAACUGGCUGCGCAAAUGCAGAUGCAUGUGUGGUGUGGUGGCCUUUUCAGCCCGUGCGUGCCUUCACCUUCCAAACGUUACUCAAACGUGACUCCAGGUGUAGCGAUACGGUGUCGUUGUUGACAUGUCCCUCUGGGGGCAGCCGCAGUCCUUGUAAAGACCUUUCUAUCCAGCGAAAUGGCUGACCAAUAGUGAGCUGUGAUGUUUGGACGUAUAUGCUGAAUUGCUGACAUUUGUAGCUCAACUGAAAGCUUCUGCAAGUGCAGCAAACUAGCUAGCAACUCAGCAAUUCCUCAGUACACGUAUAAUUCCAUGUCUAGACAUGCUUUUCCAAAGCCCGUUUGGUCAGGAUCAGGGGCCGCACCUGGGAGCCUUCUAGUCCCCCCUUCAAUUUUUAGACGUGAAAGAGAAAAAGGAGAAGGAAGAAGAGGGAAAGCUCCCUUCAUGGCCUUGGAUCCGCUAUUGGAUGGAUGGUACUGAAAAGGCCGUUACACCGACCGUUAGCAUAUCGAUUGUCUGGGGUUUGUUGAGUCUUAGAGUUAAAAAUGAAUACACGGACAAAUAUACAUUAAUACAUGUGUUCUGUUUACAGGGGGCA